UUCCAACGUUCAUAUUUUUCUUCUUUUCUUUGAUUUAUUAUUUUCUUCCCUUUCACUUGUUUCAUCAAAAUCGUAGACUCCACGGAUUUUCUCUCACUUUCUUGGAAAUCUUUUUUUCCUUCUAAUCAAUCAAACACCAAUACCCAGUUUUUAUUUUCAAUUUUCGGUCCACUUCUUGAAAGAUUUCCUCAGUUUUUCCUCAAUGGAGGUUGCCAAGAACACUAAACUGGGGACUCCUGUGAAAGACCCAGAAGGUUAUUCUCGAUCGAAAACCCCAAAGGAUUCGAAACAUUCUGAGAAUUCAAAUCCAAACAUUUCCAAUUCAACUUCUCCAUUAACAAGAUCUUCAAAAUCCAAGAAACAUUCUUCCAGGAAUCCGGUCAUUUAUUCACCGAGUAACAAGCAUAGGGAAAGGAAGUUUGUGGUGGUGGCUAAGAAGACCUCGAAGAAAGUGAAGUCCGAUUUGAAUCCGACGACGGCUGGGGUUAAUUGCAAAUGCAAAGAGAAGCUCGGUGGGAAUUCGAAGAAAUGUCUAUGCGUUGCUUAUGAAAAUCUGAGAGCGUCUCAAGAAGAGUUUUUCAAGAACAAAGCUGAAGAAUAUGCUGAAGAGACGGGUGAAUUGGUUGAAGGUUAUGGAUCAGAUAAUCAAGAGAUUGACGAGAUCGAAAACUCAAGUGAAGCAGGCAGUUCUACUAUUAUUAAGAGGAGGAGAGAUAGGUUGAUGGAAGAAGCAAGGAAUAGUGUGCCUGAAUGUGGGAAAGUUAUGCAUCUGGUUAAGGCCUUUGAGAGUCUUCUUUCGAUACCGGAUCCAAAGGAUACAGAUAAGGAAGGAGAAGAUGAAAAGGAACCAAGAGAAGAAAAGAUUGGUAAUUAUAAUAAUAAGAAGAAGUCACUGAAAUGGGCGUUACCUGGAUUGCAACCAACAAACGUGACCGAGGGUGACGCUGAGAAUGAUGAUGAGACAUCAUUUUCUUCAUUUUGUCCAUCGGAUUUUGUUUUGACUGCUGAGAAUCUUGGUUUGGAUCCACGUUUCUCAGUUUCUUCUUCGUGGGACAGUAGCCAAGAAAGCAGGAAUCCCAAUGGAGGUCGAAGAAGCCGAAGAAAUAGCUCUGACUCUGCCGGGACAACUGGUGGGAGGAGAUGGAAAAAGCAGCUCAAACCCACUUCCCUGAAACCAUUCAAGCUAAGAACUGAGCAAAGAGGUAGGGCGAAGGAAAAAGAGUUCAUGAAGAAGAUCCAAGAAAUGAUGAUAGAGCGAGAGAAGAAGCGGAUUCCGAUUGCUCAAGGCCUCCCAUGGACAACCGACGAACCAGAGGUGUUGAUCAAACCUCCUGUUAAAGAGAGAACAAGACCAGUAAGCCUAAGACUCAAUAGUGAUGUGCGUGCUGUGGAGCGUGCCGAGUUCGAUCACCAGGUGGCUGAGAAGAUGAGUCUAAUAGAGCAAUAUAAAAUGGAAAGGGAGAGACAGCAAAAGAUGGCAGAAGAAGAAGAGCUAAAGAGGGUUAGGAAGGAGCUCAUUCCAAAAGCACAGCCUAUGCCUUACUUUGACAGGCCUUUUAUUCCUAGAAGGUCAUUAAAGAAUCCAACUGUACCAAGGGAGCCAAAGUUCCACAUUCCACUACAUAAGAAGAUAAAAUGCAUGUCAUGGAAUGACACGAGUCAGUACACUUUCCAAGGCAAUGAAGCAAGAGAAUUAUAGGGUUCUUUUCUUUUCUUUUCAUUCUGUUAUUUUAUUUACCGAAUAAUGU